AUGGCGCGACUGAACCGCGGGAGAGUGUGCUACGAGCGAUAUCAGUCAUGCUCGCAUAUGACCCCCCUAGCUUUGAUUUGUGGCGUAGCUGGGGAAGAGGAUCUGUGCAUGCUGCUGUGUGUCUGCUGCUUGUACGAGUGGCGUCGGCAUCAUGAGCUACUUGCCCCGACCACGCUUGAAGGCCUGUUCCCGAACCUCAACUGCUUCGAAGCUAUCGGAGGCUUUGACUUCAAGGAGGUAUUUCGCUUCGAGAACCCGCAUUUCUUGCAGCUUCUACGAAGGCUGGAGCUUCCGGACAGCUUCGAAGUUUCGAGAGGAGGGUAUGGCGUGACGAGGGUGCCAGCUGAUGUUGCCCUCGCCCUGACACUGUGGAGGCUGUCCGCACCGACCACCUUGGUCCGGGAUAGAUUAUUCGGGGGCAUGUCCGAGACGCUGAUUUUCAUAUUUUUCGUGAAAAAGUGA